UUGACUCGAGCGGCGAGCCGUAGUGGGCGGGGUGCGCACGCGUCAAGGACCCGGAAGCGGCGCGGGAGCGGCUGGAGGGAGCAGACAUUCCCCGUCAUGGUGGGCGAGAGGAGGAAUGGAAACCUGCUCGUGCACCUGGGGCCCACGCUGCAGGCCCACCCCGAGGAGCUGAUCCGGCAGCGCCGGGGCCACGAUGGCCACACCGAGUACCUGAUUCGCUGGAGCAUCCUCAGCUUGGAGGAGGGUCCAGGGAGCAGCACCAAUGCCUCUUCGGCGGAGAGCAAAGCGGAGAACAUCCUGAUGUGGAUGUCGGCAGAGGAGGUGUAUGCCAACUGCCCGACGCUGCUGGGCAAGAGGAAGCCCGAGGGGCAGCGGGUGAAGGAGGAGAAGGCGCCCAGCACGUUCCCUCCGGACGUCACGCUGGACGAGGCCUCGCUGCUGGAGAUGAAGGCUGACGUCAGGAACCUGGUGCAGCGGGCUAGCCGGCAGAUGGCCGGGCCCACGGGCCCGGAGUCCUCCAUCCUCAACACCAUCCACGUGCUGAGCGCCUACGCCAGCAUUGGCUCGCUGACAGGCGUCUUCAAGGAGACCGGGGCCCUGGACCUGCUGAUGAAGAUGCUGUGUAAUGAGGAGAAGCAAAUCCGUCGCAGCGCCGGCAAGAUGCUGAGGGCCCUGGCUUCACACGACGCAGGGAGUCGGGCCUACGUUCUCCUGUCCCUGAGCCAGCAGGACGGCAUUGAGCAGCACAUGGACUUCGACAGUCGCUACACCCUCCUGGAGCUGUUUGCGGAGACCACGUCCUCCGAAGAGCACUGCAUGUCCUUCGAGGGGAUCCACCUGCCCCAGAUCCCCGGGAAGCUGCUGUUCUCGCUGGUGAAGCGCUAUCUGUGCGUCACCUCUCUCGUGGACAAGCUCAACAGCAGCACGGAGCUGGGCGGGGAGCGGCAGGACUGCGCCGUGCCCUGCGCUCACGUCGGGGAGAGGAGCCGCAUGCAGCGGGAGUUCGAGUUCAGCAUGGCCAUGGCCAAUCUCAUCUCCGAGCUGGUGCGGGUGAUGGGCUGGGACCGCAGCCAGAGGAUGGAGCUGCUGUCCCUGCAGGAGGGGCAGCCGCGGGUCGUCCGCUCCAUCUUCCAGCCCAAGGCUCCCGCCUGCGCUGCCGUCCAGGUGGCCUCCUGCCCACCCCAGAAAGAAGCCAGUGCCUUCAAGACGCGCUCUGCCUUCCCGAGCCGCAGCAGCUAUGUGGAGUACGUGCAGGGGAACUUGGUGCGGGGCAUGCGGGUGCGCAUGCUGGAGGACUACGAGCAGGUCAGCGCUGGGGACGAGGGCGAGUUCCGCCAGAGCAACGACGGCACACCGCCCGUCCAGGUUUAUUGGCAGGCGCUGGGCCGCACCUACUGGGUGCACUGGCACAUGGUGGAGAUUGUCAGUUCGUCUGGCCAGGCGGAGCGGGAAGUCCAGGAAAAGGUGUCCAGCCUGACGGAGAACCUGAAAUUGACCACUGUGACCCAGACGUUUUACUGCAAGCCCCUUGGGGGGCUGUACUCCCUGCCCUACCUGACGGAGCGGCCGAGCGAGGACUCGGAGGCCCUGAGCCGGGCCGAGUGGUGGGAGCUGCUCUUCUUCGUGAAGAAGCUAGACCCGCACGAGCAGCAGGAGGUCGCCCAGCUCAUCCGGCAGCACCAGGAGCUGUCGGAGCUGGAUGAAGAAGCCCUGAUCCAGCUGUCGGUACCGGUGGAGCUGGCCCAGAAAGUGCUGCGGGAGCUGAGCAAGCAGUGCGAGGGCAGCACCCUGAGUGACCUGCACAGCUCCCAUGUCUACAGCAAGUACUUCCUCCACCCAGGGGGGUCGCAGCCGGGCAGCCCGGGGCUGGACGCGGCCCCCUCGGAGUCCGCCGAAUCCCUGGUGUCCAAGAAACCGAAGAAAGACCCUCCCACCGCCAGAGUGCCUGCCCCCGCCCCGGCCCCCCCGGAGAAAUCCGACUGCCAGCUGUUCAGCGAGCUGCUGCGAGCGGAGGGGCUGCCCUGCCCGGAGAUGGCGGAGGAGAAAGCCAAGGUGUUGUGCAGCGUGAAGGGGUCGGGGAAGAAGAGCUCGUUGGAGAGGAUUGCAGAGGUGGUGGAACUGAUCCAGAGGUCCAGCUCCGAGGUGGGGCUGCAGCUAGCCGGGCUCAGGUUCAUUAUCAAGACCCUGGAGGAGGAGGCCGGGCGAGAGCGGCAGGUCAUCAAACCCGAGGGCGGGCUCACCAUCAGGGAGAAGCUGGUGAAGAUGCUGGUGGAGCUGCUGACCAACCAGGUGAAGGAGAAGCUGCUGGUGGUACUGGCGCUGCGCCUGCUCUGCGUGCUGAUGGCCAAGUACGACUGGCGCGUGCUCUUCGCCACGGAGGGCGGGGUGCGUGCCGUGCUGGCCUGCAUGCAGGAGUACGCCCCCUCGGCGCUGGUCCAGCAGGCCGGCCUGGCGGCUCUGAAGGUGCUGGUGGGCGCCGGGACCUGCGAGCUGCUGGGUGCCAGCGAGAAGCCCUAUCCCCUGAACCACGCCGAUGCCCCGAUGAUAUGGGAGAUCUUCGUCAGCAUCGGCUCCGCCUCCAGCAAGGACUCGGACAGCCUGCUCUGCGCCCUGCCUGCCGCCAUCCGCACCAUGCAGGGCACCGCUGGGGCCUCGUCGGCCGUGCAGAACGGCCUGCUGGUGGCCGGCCUGCUGAUCGACAGCCACCGGGGCCUGGCCGAGCAGCUGGUGAGCUGUGACAUCCACUCGGCCCUGCAGAGCUGCUGCCAGGGGUGCCAGGACUCCACCGCCCCCAGCCACGCCAACGAGACGCUGGCCCAGAUCGCGCUCAGCCGCCUGGCGGAGCACCAGCUCCCCACGAACCUGGACACGGCAGAGGCGGGCUCAGCCCUGGAGCUGAAGGACGUGGACGUGCAGACGCUGCUGGGCCGCCUGCAGGAGGGCAGCCUCUCCAAGGAGCUGGUGCUGGCCCUGGAGCGCUGCGUCUGCGACGAGGCCGGCCCCGAGAGCGAGGGGGCCGAGGCCCUGCGGGACCCCCAGCACUUCCUGCUUCUGCUGCGCAGCCUGGAGCAGCUGGGGGCCGAGAAGGCCGUGCAGCUGGGGACCCUCCGGAUUUUGAACAAGCUCCUGGACAGUUACCAGGAGGAGGCGCUGCCCUGGCACGAGAGCAUCGAGCCCUGUCUGUCCUCCAUGAGCGCCCCCAGCACCGAGCGGGAGGUGGUGCAGGAGUUCGUUCGCUUCCUCCACCGCCUGGCCACCACCAACAAGGACUGCGCCGUGGUGAUGUGCCGCCUGGGCACCAAGGAGGCCCUGUCCAAAGCCCUGGACAAGCACAACUCCAACCUGCUGCUGGGGUCGGAGCUGCGGGACCUGGUGACCGACUGUGAGAAAUACGCCAGCCUCUAUCAGAAGCUGACCACCAGCAUCCUGGCCGGCUGCAUCCAGAUGGUGCUGGGUCAGAUUGAGGAGCAUAGACGGAGUCACCAGCCCAUCAACAUCCCCUUCUUCGACGUCUUCCUGCGCAACCUCUGCCAGGGCUCCAGCGUGGAAGUGAAGGAGGACAAGUGCUGGGAGAAGCUGGAGGUUUCCUCGAACUCCCACCGAGCCAACAAGCUGACGGACAGGAACCCCAAGACCUACUGGGAGUCCAACGGCAGCACCGGCUCGCACUACAUCAACAUCUACAUGCACCGCGGCGUGGUGGUCAGACAGAUGAGCCUGCUGGUGGCCAGCGAGGAUUCCAGCUACAUGCCAGCCCGGAUCGUGGUCAUGGGAGGAGAGAACCCGGCCAGCAUCAGCACCGAGCUCAAUACGGUGAACGUCAUGCCCUCGGCCAGCAGAGUGAUCCUUCUGGAGAACCUGACCCGCUUCUGGCCCAUCAUCCAGAUCAAGAUCAAGCGCUGCCAGCAGGGUGGCAUUGACACGCGUGUGCGUGGCAUCGAGAUCCUGGGGCCCAAGCCCACCUUCUGGCCGAUCUUCAAGGAGCAGCUGUGCCGGCGCACGUACCUGUUCUACACCACCCAGGCGCACACGUGGUGCCAGGAGAUCGCGGACGAGCGCAUGCAGCUGCUUCAGCUCUUCAACAGGCUGAACUGUGCCCUGCGGCACGAGCAGGUGUUUGCCGAUCGCUUCCUUCCCGAUGACGAGGCGGCCCAGGCUCUGGGCAGGACCUGCUGGGAGGCCCUAAUCAAUCCCUUGGUGCAGAGCAUCACCUGCCCAGAUCCCAGCGGCGUCAGCCCCCUGGCCUGGCUCCUGAGCGAGUACCUGGAGAACCUGGAGACGGCCCGACGCGCCAAGAGCCGCGCCACCAUCUUCAACUCCCGCGUGCGGCGCCUGAGUCACCUGCUGGUGCACGUGGACCCCGGCAGCCCGGAGCCCGAGGAGCUGAGAGCCCCGGUCAAAGCCAACGGGAAGAACGGGAAGAACAAGGAGACCAGCUCUGGGGCCACCAAGGUGUCGGGGAAGAAGCCCAGCAGCAUGACGGGGAUUACACAGUGCUGGAGGGGCGUGGUGCAGCAACAGGUGAAGCGGUUCCUGGAGUCGUGGUGGCAGGGGCCGGACUUCGUGGAGCGGUACUGCCGUCUCUACCUGGGCCUGCGCAGCGCCAUGGAGGAGCUGUUCGGGCAGCAGACGGCCUUCGCGCUGGCCCUGCGGCAGGGCUUCUCCGGGGGCCUGCUGCAGCUCUCCUUCCUGACGGCCAUGCACGUGAGCGAGCAGUUCGCUCGCUACGUGGACCAGCGGAUCCAGGAGAGCCAGACAGACGCAGGCAACGUGGAGUCGCUGCACCGGCUGCAGCGGAGCCUGGAGCCCAUCCUCUUCCUCUCCGGCCUGGAGCUCGCCAACACCUUUGAGCACUUCUACCGGUAUUACCUGGGCGACCGGCUCCUGGCCCAGGGGAACGUGUGGCUGGAACGGGCCGUCGUGGAGCAGAUCGGGCUCUGCUUCCCCAACCGCUUCCCCCAGCAGAUGCUGAAGAGCCUGAGCGAGUCGGAGGAGCUGCAACAGCAAUUCCACCUCUUCCAGCUGCAGCAGCUCGACAAGCACCUGCUGGAGCUGGACGCGGGCCAGGAGGACGUGGCGAUGGAGGAGGAGCCGCCCGAGCCGGAGGAGGAGCCGGAGGUGAAGGUGCUGGCCCUGUCCCCGCGCUGCUGGACCAUCUCCCCGCUCUGCUACCUGGAGGAUCCCAGCAGGUGUUUCCCUCGGCCCCUCGGGGGCUACUUAGCGCGGUUCGCUGACUUCUACACCAACAGUCAGAGCCGGUUUGGCCUGGAGCACACGAAGCCGCGGCGCCUGCAGUGGACGUGGCUGGGCCACGCGGAGCUCCGGUUCGCGGGCAGCACCACCCUGCACGUCUCCACCCUGCAGAUGUACAUCCUGCUGGGCUUCAACAGCGCCCAGGAAGUUGCUGUGGAGACCCUGGCCCAGGCCACGGGGCUGUCUCCUGUCCUGCUGAGCCACGCACUGAAACCUCUGACAGGAGAGGCCGGGAUCCUGACCCAGAGCCUGCCUCAGGGGGGCGUCCUGCGUCUGAACGAGGCGGCCCUGGCGCGGGCGGCCGGCCAGCGCCUGUGGCUGCUCCCCAAGCAGACGUACCUGAACGUGGAGGAUGACGAGGGAAGCACCCUGGAGAGGAAGAGGAACAUCAUCUGCUGCCUCAUCAUCCAGAUCCUGAAAGGGGAGAAGGAGCUGCACAUCGAUAACCUGGUGUUCAAGGUGAUCGACGCCUGUCAGAAAUGGGAGUCUGGCCCUGCCCUGAAGUUCCUCAGCUUCUGCUGCAGCAGCACGGACGUGCUGUCCUGCACCCUGCACCUGCUGAGCCAGGGCUACGUGCGGCGCCAGGAGGACAACCCCCAGCUGCUGGAGUACGUCUCCACGGAGCCCACGCCCUCCCCCUCCCCCUCCCCGCCCCAGCAGCGCCCGCCCCAGGUCACCUUCCAGACGGUGGAGAUCAAGACGAUGCCCAACACAGCCUGCGCCGAGAGGAGACAGACCUUCUCCACCUUCAGGUAGAAGCGGAGCGGGGCUGUGUGCGGGGGCCAGGCGGGCACGGACACUGACACUGCCCCGCGGCACUGCUCCCUGGGGUGCCAGAGCCCCACCCACAGGCAGUGCAUUGGCUGCCUGGUGCUGGGGGUCUAGGCACGCCUGGGGCUCGAGCCAGGAGAGAAGUCCUGCCUGGGCCCAGCCACUGCCCCUGGAGCACAAGACACGAUUCCCAAGGGCUUGAGGUUUUUAAUUUAAAUAAAACAGCUGUGCUGA